AAUUUGCUAAUUCUCCCGUUGCCAUAUAUAUAAGCAUAAAUCUCAUGUUCUUUGUUGAGAGAAAUCAUAAAUCUCAUUUUCAAAUUGCUAUUUCCGUUCAUUUUCAGAAAUAGUUUGUAAAGCGGUACAUUCAUAGAUUACUUUGUAGAACAGUAUAAUUCAAGAGAUAGCCGUACUUAAUAUCCAUAGUUACAGAUCUCUUAUUCUUUCUCUAGUGAGCUCUAUAGCGAAUAUCAAGACACGCCCACUUGUUAGUUCGAUAUUUUGUUAUACCUCAUUUAAAGAAUUUUGUUACUAGAUCUGUUACUGUAAUUGGGUAUUUGAUUUGAGUUUAUUCCAUUUAGACAUGCUAUUCGACGUGAGCUUAGAUCUUGCGUGAAUUUUGAUAUGAUAAGGAUGUUGGAUUGAAUUAUGGAGUACCCUUUUGGAGAAUCUGUUGUUUUCAAUUAGAUUGAGUGGUUUUGAUGGGACUUGAUUGGUGUACAAGUAUAAAGCUACUGCUUUGUGUGGUGCGUUUUGCUGAUUGUAUUUGGAGUUAAGUUUUGGUUACCGGUUUCUGGAAAAGAAAUGUUCUGGAGGGACCGUGAGAGAGAGAACAAGGACCAGAAUGGCGGGCCUCCAUGUGGUCAGGUUCGAGUUCUUGUUGCUGGCGAUUCAGGUGUCGGGAAAACUUCUCUUGUUCAUCUUAUUGUCAAAGGUUCUUCCACUGCUCACCCUCCCCAGACAAUUGGAUGUACAGUUGGUGUGAAGCAUGUUACUUAUGGCAAUUCUGGUAGCUCUUCAAGCAGCCUUAAAGGUGAUGCCGAGAGAGAUUUCUUUGUUGAACUUUGGGAUGUGUCAGGACAUGAACGAUACAAAGAUUGCCGUUCUCUAUUCUACUCCCAGAUCAAUGGGGUUAUUUUUGUCCAUGAUCUCUCCCAGAGAAGGACAAAAACAAGCUUGCAGAAAUGGGCAUCAGAGAUUGCUGCAACUGGGACUUUUUCAGCUCCUCUUGGUUCUGGUGGCCCAUGCGGUAUUCCAGUCCCUUAUAUUGUAAUAGGUAACAAAGCUGAUGUUGCAGCAAAAGAGGGAACAAGAGGAAGCAGUGGCAAUCUUGUUGAUGUAGCUCGCCAAUGGGUCGAAAAACAGGGUUUGCUUCCAUCCAGUGAGGAACUUCCAUUGACUGAAAGUUUUCCUGGCGGCGGAGGCCUUAUUGCAGCGGCCAAAGAAGCAAGAUAUGACAAGGAAGCUUUGUUAAAGUUUUUUCGUAUGUUGAUCAGGAGAAGAUAUUUUUCUGAUGAGUUGACUGCACCAAGUCCAUGGACUGUUUCUCCUGCUCAAAGAUCUGUCCAGCGUUUAGAUGAAAAUUCAAGUGACGAUGAUCAGUUUUACAAAAGUAAACGUUUAACUGGUGAUCCAUACAAAUACAACAUGCUUCCUCCCCUGCCAGCUCAACGAAAUCUGACGCCACCUCCAACACUCUAUCCUCAACAACCUGUUUCAGUAACUGAGAAUUACAGCUUCCCGAGAUUUUCUCUUAGUGACGCCCAAGAAUUGAGCAACACUGCAAGAUCAAAGCGCUUGGACAUUAAUGUUUGAUGAUCUCUGCAUCAGACUGCUGCCUUACUAAAUGCACGCCUGCCCUGGGUAAGCUGUCAUAUGAUAUUUGUAUUCUUUCCUUUCUAUUUCAUUUGUAAACAGAUCCAUUAAUUCUUUUCCAUUUGUGGCUGCAAGGGGUUUUAGGUUACAGUUAGUCACAUAUUACAUGUAUAUUUGAUUGAUUGUUCAACUUGAAAUACACAAGUAAUUUCAAACAAA